AUGAAUAGCAGAAAAUCAGAAGUGUCAUAUACCGCUCCAUCGAAACUCUCAUAUACACAAAACAAUAGAAGAGCUCGUUUCGAGCUUAGGAGUGACCAGAUGAAGGAGAUAACAGCAGCGUUUAACUUGCUGGAUUCAUCGAAUUCAGGAAAGAUAGAUUACCACGAACUGAAAGUGGCGAUGAAAGCGCUGGGUUUCGACGUGAAAAAGCAGGAAGUUUUGGAUCUAAUUGCGAAAUACGACAAAACGAACACAGGAUACCUGGAUUUUGAAAACUUCAAGGAAAUAAUGGUGAAAAAAUUCUCGGAACGCGACCCAAUGGACGAAAUAAACAGAGCUUUCGCACUGUUCGACGAAGACAACAAGGGAAACAUAGUCUUCAAGGACCUGAAACGCGUGUCAAUGGAGUUGGGACAUGACCUGUCAGACGAGGACCUGAGAGCAAUGAUAGAGGAGUUCGACAACGACAGAGACGGAGCAAUUUCAAAGGAUGACUUCAUCAGCAUAAUGAGGCAGACGAGCCUGUACUAG